CGGGAAAGCAUACAUCACAGAGCAACAGUAAUUCCCACAUUAAUCCAAAAAUUUGCUGCUUAACACCCACAUAACUGCCACUAAAACCACCACCACCACCAGCAGCAACACCUUCAAAAACCAACACCUCCUUCAUCAUCAUGUAUGGCAUGUUAUAUGAAAGUGUAGCGUUCUUUGUACAAAAAGAAUAUGGACAAGAUAUAUGGAAACAAGUGUGUCAAAUUGUUGAUUGUAAACACAGUACCUUCAAGACACAUCAAAUCUAUCCCGAUAAGUUAAUGCCCGAUUUUGCUGCAGCUUUAGCAGCGGUAACUGGUGAAACAUUUGAUUAUUUUAUGAAUUUCUUUGGAAAAUGUUUUGUGCGAUUCUUCAGUAAUUUCGGUUAUGACAAAAUGAUCCGUUCAACGGGUCGAUAUUUUUGUGAUUUCUUACAGUCGAUUGACAAUAUCCAUCUGCAAAUGCGUUUUACAUAUCCAAAAAUGAAAUCACCUUCUAUGCAAUUGGCCCAUAUGGACGAUGAUGGUGCUGUGAUUAUAUAUCGCAGCAGUCGUACGGGUAUGUCGAAAUAUUUAAUAGGACAAAUGACUGAGGUGGCCCAAGAGUUUUAUAAACUUAAGGUUAAGGCUUAUGUUAUAGAGUCGCAAAAUGAUAUUGCUGGCGGAACAACGGGACCCAUACAAUUAUCGGAUGUGCCAUUAACGGUUAUAGUUAAAUAUCGCUUGGAUUUCGAUAAUCGAGAGUAUAUGGCUAAACGUGUUAAUGUGGUGGCCCAUCCCACACAACUCAAACUGCCGGCAGUUAAUAUGAAUGUGUUUUUGGAUCUAUUUCCCUUUACUUUGGUUUUAGAUCGUGACAUGUGUAUAACACAUGCGGGUGAAAAGAUCUUUGAAACUUGGAUUCUACACAAUCCGGGUAAAAAUCCCAAAGACUUUAUUGGCUCCCAUAUUAUAGAUCAAUUCGUAUGCCGAAGACCCAAAGAUAUUAAAAUCGAAUGGGAUACAAUUAUACAAAUGCGCACGGUGCUCUUUGAAUUCGAAUUAUUACGUACGGGUCGUAAUAAAGCCGCAUAUACGGCAGCCAUGAAUAUGGACUUUGAAAAUCAAGAUGAAAUGUCCUAUUCCGAGGCCCAGAAUAUAGUGGAAAGUAGUUUUUUUAAAAGUAAAGAAGAAGACGCAGAUGAUGACAAUGGCAUAGAUCCAGCCACAGGUCUGAGAAAAAUAUCCCAAGGCAAUAAAUCUAUUUUACUGAAAGGACAAAUGUUUUAUUUAAAGGAUUUGGAUUCUUUGAUCUUUCUAUGUAGUCCCUUAAUAGAAAAUCUGGAUGAAUUGCAUGGCAUAGGUUUAUAUUUGAAUGAUUUAAAUCCGCAUGGUCUAAGUCGCGAAUUGGUAAUGGCCGGCUGGCAGCACUGUUCCAAAUUGGAGAUAAUGUUCGAAAAGGAAGAACAAAGAUCUGAUGAAUUGGAAAAAUCUUUAGAUUUAGCAGAUUCAUGGAAGAAACAAGGUGAUGAGCUACUCUACUCCAUGAUACCCAGACCCAUAGCCGAACGUAUGCGCAAUGGUGAGGAGGCGCAUUGUCAAACAUUUGAAGAAGUUUCGGUAAUAUUCGUAGAAGUUAUGAAUAUUUACGAUGGCGAUGCCACUAACAUACAAAAUGCCAUGGAGGCGGUAACUACUUUGAAUAAAGUAUUCUCGGCAUUCGAUGAAGAAAUCAUAUCACCAUUUGUCUAUAAAGUGGAAACGGUGGGUAUGGUUUAUAUGGCAGUAUCGGGAGCCCCCGAUGUUAAUCCUUUACAUGCCGAACACGCCUGUGACUUAGCUUUGCGUUUAAUAACGAAGGUUAAAGCUUUACAAAUACCGGGACUAUCUAUACGUAUAGGCAUAAAUUCCGGACCCGUUGUGGCAGGUGUAGUGGGCUUAAAAGUUCCACGUUAUUGCCUCUUUGGUGAUACGGUAAAUACCGCUUCACGUAUGGAAAGUACUAGCGAUCCGUAUAAAAUACAAUUGUCCAAUUAUACGGCGAAAAAAGUACGAGAACUUGGUUACAAAGUUGAAUCACGCGGUUUUGUAAAGGUCAAAGGUAAAGGUGAAAUGGAAACAUAUUGGCUGCUAGCGGGACCAAAGGAAUAAUCAUUCAUACCCAUACAUAAUAAUGAUGGAUGUGUUCUCUACAUACUCAUAUGCAUAGAUUUAAUUUAUGAUUUAACAUUAAGGGUUGAUUUUUUUGUUCAUAAAAAUGCAAA